AUGCGUAAGUGCAAGGUUUUUGUCGGUAAUUCGCACCCUGAGUUGGGAAAUUUGGUCUGUGAGAGACUUGGUAUCGAGCCUGCUCCAUGUACUUUGAAGAAGUUUGCCAACGGUGAAACUUCGGUGCAAAUCGGAGUUUCUGUUAGAGAUGAGGAUGUGUACGUUAUUCAAAGUGGUUCUCCUGAGAUUAACGACCAUAUCAUGGAGCUGUUGAUCUUGGUGAGUGCAUGCAGGGGCGGUUCGGCUAAGAAAAUCACUGCUGUGAUCCCCCAAUUCCCAUACUCUAAGCAAUGCAAAAUGAAGAAGCACAGAGGUGCCAUAACUGCAAGAAUGCUGGCCAAUCUUUUGAUUAUGGCUGGUGCGGACCAUGUUGUUUCCAUGGACUUGCACGCCUCUCAGAUGCAAGGUUUCUUCACUAAGCCUGUUGAUAACUUGUACGGUGGCCCAAGUCUCGGCAAGUGGAUCAGGGAAAAUGUCGAAGACUACAGAGAAGCCGUUGUGGUGUCCAAGAAUCCAGGUGGUACCAAGAGAGUCACUGCUUUGGCUGACUCUUUGAAGAUCAACUUCGCCAUGAUUCACACUGAUCGUCGUCGUUCCAAGGAUUUGUACGCUCAAAAUAAGGACAAGACUCAGUUGAGGCAAAGAAAGCAGUCCAUGUUGAGGAAAAACAAACCAAUUAUCAGACCAGGUGACUUCGAAAACGAAGAAGAAAACAUCAUCUUGACUAACGGUAUUCAAACCGCUCGUGUCAUUAAGGGUCACGUCGUUGACGACGAAUAUGUGGAUGAUGCCGACGCUGUCGAAUCCGAAGCCGAGGGCUCUAUCGGAACAAUUGGUUCCUUCGAUGCCGUUGAUUCCGAAGAUGACGAAGAACCAGAAGAACAACCAGAAAAGUUGAUCACUUUGGUCGGAAACGUUCAAGGACGUACUGCCAUCAUCUUGGAUGAUAUGAUUGACAGACCUGGUUCCUUCAUCUCCGCCGCAGAACAUAUGGUGAAAAACUGUGGUGCGAAAGAAGUUUACGUUGUGGCUACCCAUGGUAUCUUCACAGGGGACUGUCUAGAGCAACUAGAAAACUCGGAUGACAUUCACAAAAUUGUUGUUACCAACACCUACCCAAUCUCACCAGAAAGCAUUGCCAAGUCCAAAAAGCUUGUGGUAAUCGAUGUCUCAUCCAUCUUCGCCGAAUGUAUUCGCCGUGAUCAUUACGGUGAAAGUAUCUCUGUUCUAUUUGAUUCAUUGGCUUCGCUAUAG